AACUCCAGACUCCACAUCAGCACUCCCCACAAAGGGAUGCCCCACAUGUAUCCGUCGCACACACACAAGUACUUGACAUCCCUCCGCUCGAUUUCUACAUAGGUUCUUGCUCGCCUGCGACAACAAACCCCGUCUGUCCACACAACUCCCGAAAUUUCAGUCAACAUGGCGGGUCUGGAAGCAUUGAAAGCCGCCCUCAUUCACGACGGCGGCAUAGAGGAGAAGGUUGAAGUGAACCAGCGGCACCUGAUAGAUAAGAUUCUGGCUCGCUACAGUCAGGAGUACACUGUAUUUAGAGAGCUAUUGCAAAACUCUAACGAUGCUGGGGCGAGCAACGUGGAAAUCAUAUUCAGAACAGAGGUCAAAAGCAGAAGCUUCUGGCAAGGGGGCAACAAGCGCGUUGUGACUUCUGUGACAUAUAAGAACAAUGGACGACCGUUCAGCGAGGAGGACUGGUCAAGGCUGCGGAAGAUAGCAGAGGGCAACCCGGAUGAGCAAAAAAUCGGAUUUUUCGGCGUAGGGUUCUACUCUCUGUUCUCAAUAUGUGAAGAACCAUUCAUCACCAGCGGCAAUCAAUCGAUGGCCUUUCUAUGGAAAGGCGAUAUGCUCUACACAAAGCGUGGCAUCCUCCCGCCCGAAGCAGUAACCCCCUGGACCACAUUCUUUCUCGUGAUGAGGGAUCCUAUCGAUAUCCCGGAUACCGACCAGUUCGGGAGGUUUUUAGCAACAAGUAUGGCCUUCACAGCGAACCUUAAGGCUGUUGAAGUACAUGUGGACUCUUCGUGCGUCAUGCACUUCGAUAAAAAGAUCGCGCCGCCACGGCCCUUGGCAUUCCUCCGGAAAUCGUAUACCCUCACAUCACCAAACUCGAUAUUCUCGCUGGAAUCUGUGGAAGUGAAAACUGUGCAGCUGGAUGUUGAGAUUAAGGAUGGGGAUAAGGACGCAACCGCACUGCGGCUAUUCGCGCGCGUAGCAACAGCAGCUUUGGCCGUUCGGGCGAGCAACCUCGUGAAAGAGAUGGAACGAACAACCAAAAAGAAGCCGCCAGCUAGGACGGAAAUGCACAUGUUGUGGUCCAAUCAUGACGAGUAUGAGAGUUCCACGACCCUCCGAUCGCAGAAUAACAACAUUUUCAACGACCUCGUACCAUUAGUUGGCGAACAGGGCCGGAUCUUCAUUGGGUUCCCUACAUACCAGACAACAGGGUGUACAGCGCAGCUCGCAGCGCACCUCAUCCCAACCGUCGAGCGCGAGUCGAUCGACUUCGUCGACCCGACUCUGAAUAUGUGGAAUCGGGAGCUGUUGACCAUGGGCGGGCUGCUGGCCCGUAUCCUAUACGACGACAAUAUGGAAGAAACGCAGCGGCUGUACAGCGCGAUGCAGCUGGACGCUACGAGUACGCUCUGGUUGGAGAAGAAGGCGGUGCAUGCGAUGAUUGGGUUCCACUUCAAGGGGUCAACACCGUCACCGCUGGUAGGGCGGAUAUUGGGGACGUACUUCUCGCAGAGUGCGGUCGCGCCGGUAAAGAUCAUCUCCUCGGUAGGGAUCCGGCCACUGGUGGACGUCCGGCUACCGGAUGCAGCCAUGAUGGAGUUUUUGAAGGAGACGCCGGUAGUACCACAGCUCGCAAUGACAUCCUGCACGGACUUGUUGAACCAACUGGAGGUCCGCGGGAGUAUCCGCAAGGUGGACAUCACCGAUCUCCUCACCGAGCUCGCCAACCGCCCCUUCACGGAAGACGAAACCAUCGCUCUGCUCAAAUGGUGGCUCACCCAUCGGCGAUCCCACGCGGUGAGCAGAACCGACGUGGAGAACCUCGUUCGCGCGGCCCUGGUGCGGGAAAUCGGCAUGAACGGGAAAGACGAGACGAUCCGCCCGUUAGCAAAUAUCCGAUUCCAUGCCCCGAAACAUUUGAUCCCCGCCGACCUUCCCGUCCCGGACACCUGUCUCUCACGCACUAUCGGGAAUAACUUCCAAAAAGGCGAGUUGGAGGAAGGCAUGGCGUUCGGAUGGCAAGAACUUCCCUUCUCAGAAUGGACAUCCUUCAUCGUCACCCACCCCCUCUUCCAAUCCGACCCGGCGUUCGUCGAGAAGGCCCUCGGCGUAUUCAGCCGGCACUACGGAUCCCUCCGAACGAAUGUGCGCGAACAGGUAGUAGCGAUCCUGAAAUCCAAAAAGUGCAUCCCGACGAAACAGGGCUUGCAGCUCCCCACCGACAGUUAUUUCCCGAAAGUGACGCUAUUUCCUGACUUGCCGGUGUUGCACUUGGAGCAUUCGAAGCAUAUAAGUGAUGUGUUCUUGAGGGCGCUUGGGGUUAGGGAGCAUGUGGAGCUGCAGGUUGUGUUUAGUCGGAUUAAUAAGUUGAAUUGGGAUCAGGUUCAGUUGGUCAAAUACUUGGCAACAUGUCCCCUCCAACCUGAAGAAAUGGAACGACUGCGCGUAACACCCCUAUUCCCCAAAGAGCUGCCAGAGGGCUCGCCACCGACCCGUGACAGAUACAAAGCAUCCGACCUAUACGUUCCCGACGACAAACUGCGGGCCUUCAACCUCCCAAUCCUGGAAUGGAAGGGCAAAUGGAAACCUAACACGCCCGAAGCAAAAGUCCUGAAAAAUUUAGGAAUCCGCACCCAUAUCCCGGUUGACGAGUUUACACUACUGGUCAGCCAAGCCACCCCGCCGAUGCGGAAGGAGAUCUUCAAAUACUUUAUCGAGAACCAUAAAACCGUCUACGCGGGGCGGUACAAUGCGUUGAAAGUCAAAACACCGUUCCUCCCCGUCGCAAACUCCGACAAGCUCGCCCUACCAAGCGAGUGCUUCUCCGACCCGGCCUCGGCAGUGCUGGGGUUCCAGAUCUUACACCCGGAUCUAAGGGAGGAGCGCGAAAAGUUUGGCGUGAGAGAACAUCCACGUCCCGAAGCGCUGCUGGAACGACUACUGGCCCACCCGCCCGAUAUCGUUGCCGCACCAGCCGUGUUUGGGUACCUCGCAGCGCGCAUCUCCGAUUUCGACGUGCAACAUUUCCGAACCCUCGCCGCCCGCAAAUUCGUGCCCAUCGCGUCCUCGUCGUCACAGAAAGGUAACGCCAAGUCACCCAGCGCCGCAUCCACAACCUGGGUAGAGCCCGACACAGUCUACUUCGGCACACCUGACGCCAGCGCCUACAAAGAUCUCUUCAAAUACGUCGACUUCUCCCUCCCCGCGAACAACUUCCUCCGCGCCUGCGGCACCCGCGACGAACCCUCCCCCAGCGAACUCACCCGCUCCCUCGUCACUUCUCCGGCCGCCUUCCUUGAAACCCUCGGCCACGAAAAGUACCUCAACGCCCUCCGCACCGUUGCGACGCAUUUUGAGGAAAUUAGGGGCAAUGCGAAGCUGUUGAGUGCGAUGAGAGCGGCGCACUGGUUGAUUGGGAUUGUGGCGAGUGGUACUGGGGAGGGCGAGGAGGAGGGGACGUAUCAGGUGAAGCUGGCGAGGGCGGUGGAUGUGUAUCUGGUGGAUGAUACCGUUGUCAGUCAGCUUUUCAAGCCACUUGGCGCCCCCGCCGACGAACUCCUCGAAAACUUCUACGCCCACCUCGGCUCCCACUGGCUCUCCACCGCCGUCAAAACCGACGAACGGCCCCGCGGUACCCACACCUUCACCCCCGCCGCCUCCGCCCUCCAAAAACUCAUCCAUGAACGCGCCCUCCUCCUCCUCUACGACGGCCAGUCCAUCCGCACGGGCAAGGAUAUUGUGGGCAAUGCGGAGGACAUCUUGCAGAAGUUGAAAGUGGUGCAGAUACCCGAGAUUGAGGUUGUCCGCACGUUUGGGAAGAUGACGAGGGUGGAACGUACUACUAGUUGUUUGAAGUAUGAUAAGGGGACGAGGGCUUAUUGGCUUUUUGUGGUGGAGGAGUAUGAUAUGUUUGAUAUUGCGAGAUCAAUCGGCCAAGUCAUCCUCCGCAACAGCCGCCUCAAAGACUCCCUCCUCCUCUCAACCCUCCUCUCCACCUCCGUUCAGAACCUCCGCCGGAAAGGAUUCCCUGUGGACCGUAUCCUCAAACUCACCGACAACAAAAUGAAACACGCGCAAGUCAUAAAGGAAAAACAACAACUCAAACAGGAAACGCCGACUUCGUCGCAGAAUACUCUGGACAGUCGCGAGUCGAGCGCUACCUCGAGCGUAGACACGUUGGAAGGUGGAUCUGCGACGUCCCCGGGCAAGAAAGGCUCCCCAGAAACGCUGAACGCAGUUCAAACCCUCGCGCAAAUGUUCCCAACCGCCGACCGCAAAUACCUCCGUGAGCAAAUCGACGCUGCGACCAAAACAGGCAAAUCGGUUACGGACGUUGCGAACGCGAUACUGGAGAGCGGAGAUACGUACCCGAAACAGAAGGAGGGUGGGGGUGGGAAAUCGGCUGUUAAGGAGAAGGGGGACGGACAUAGGGCGUCGAAUGAAGGGUUGUUUGAAGGGUUGUUCAAGAGUGGAAUCAGGAACAUGGUUGAGUUUGCGCAGAGUGCGGUGAGUCCCACUCGGGGACACGCGGACGAUGAACACGGCCAUGGACAUGGACCACAUACAGGACCACCGCACACGGGAUCGCACACCCAACCAACAUCCCCCAACACAGACCCAGCAACACCCACAUCCACAGCCCACCUCAAAUCCCACCUAGCCCAAUCCAUCGCCUCCCUCCGCGCCACGCGCGAAUCCGGCUUCCGCGCAACCAUCCCCCGCGACGCGCCCGCCCCACCCGCGGAAGUCACAUCCGCCGCACCCUCCGCCUGCGCCAUCCUCGCCGACAACGACCUCAAGUUCCUGGACCUGCUCGACGGCGUGCCCCUCUACAUCGACCGCGCGGCGUCCGAGGCGGCAGUGUCCAUCCUCCUCACGACCCGCCGCGACGCCCUCCGCCGGUUCGUCGCGAUGCUCCAGUUGCUCGCGACGGUCUUUGAAGCCGACCGGAGAGUCGUGCACGUCUUCUGGGACGAAGCCGGCCCCACGGUCGCGUUCAAUCGCGGCCGGAUGUUGUUUUUCAAUGCAAGGUUUUAUUUGGGGUUGCAUGAUUUUGGGGCGAGUGGGGGUGGUGCGACGCCGAAGGGGAAGGUGUUGCCGAGGAUACCCGGCGAGUGGACGGUGGCGACGACGCAGGGGGAUGGAGAUGGAGAUGCGGUGGGUGUGGGUGACGGCGGGGUACAGGCGGACGCGUAUUAUUAUUGGUUUUUGACAUGGUGUCAUGAGUUGGCGCAUAACCAGCAGAGACGGGGGUUUUCUAAACUAACGCCAUUUUUCACUUCGUUCCCCCCUCCCUUCACACAAAGCCAACACGACGCCGUCUUCGCCUUCUACAUGAGCUCCUUCGCCGAAACGUACAUGGGCCGGCUGGUUAAAGUUUUGCGGAGGAUUGGCGUAGAGAAGUAAUUCAUCCACAUCCCCACCCCAUCACACAUAUCCCACCCACUUCCGUAGCCCCCAUUUCCCCUACUCCAGAUAUUUUCAUCUCGUCUUUUUGGUAAUGAGCAGGCGUUUCUCGAAAAACAC